AUGUCAUCGGCAGAACAAGAUGUCCAGCUUCAAGACUUUGCCAACAUCUUUAGCCUCAAAGGCAAAGUCGCCGUCGUCAGCGGCGGCUCGCGAGGCCUAGGGCUCCACGCAGCAUCAGGUCUCAUGCAAGCCGGCUGCUCCAAGAUUUUCAUCACCUCGCGCAAGGCCUCGGCAUGCGACGCGGCCGCGUCCGCCCUCAACGCCCUGCCAAACAAAUCUCCGGGCGCAAAAGCCUACUCCGUUCCCGCCGAUAGUUCCAAAGUCUCCGAGAUCGUCCGGCUGGUGGGCGAGAUAGCCAAGCACACCGAUCACGUGGACAUUUUGUUUGCAAAUGCGGGGGCGACAUGGGGCAGUAGGUUUGACGCUGUCGAUGAGAAGAAUGGCUGGGACCGCGUCAUGGAUCUGAACGUCAAGGGCGUAUUUUUUACAAUCCAAAAAUUCGCCCCGUUGCUCACAAAGGCAGCUUCAGUUCAGGAUCCCGCGCGGGUGAUCGUAACAGGUAGCGUUGCAGGAAUCGGCACGGGCUCGGUCGGUGGUGAUUCAGCCGCCUUUUCGUACGCCGUGUCCAAAGCUGCCGUGCUGCACCUUGUGCGCAACCUGGCUGUCGAGCUGGGACCGCGCCACGUUCUCGUCACGGGCAUUGCGCCCGGCUUCUUCGCGAGCAAGAUGACGGAUGUGGUGAUGCAGCAGGCGGGUGGAGAAGAGGCGCUGGGCAAGGCGAGUCCGAACGGACGGGUAGGCAGGCCCGAAGAUAUCGCUGCCGCGGUCGUAUUUCUGAGUUCCAGGGCGGGAAGCCAUGUCAAUGGUGACACGAUUGUGCUUGACGGGGGCAAGAUUCACGGAAAUGUCAAGUUGUAG